AUGGUGAAGGCAGCUAAGGAAAUUCAAAUGGAGAACCCAAGAGAGGCAGAGACUCACAGCACUGGGGCAACAUGCUCCCCGUCAGAGGAACAGGCAGAAAAACCCUCCAUGCUCUGUUUUAAGAAGCGAAAGAAGUCCCGUAAGAAGGGGCUGACCAUGAGGGAUGCAUGUGAAGGAGCCUCAGAAGAGAAAAGCCAAUGUGUCAGCACUGACCAAGGGGAGGUGAAAGUUUCUAACCAGUCACGAUCCUCCAGAGGAGCCUGGACAGCCAUCAAAAACCUCGCAAGGCCUCGGAGAAGGCAGAAAUCCUCACGGAAGAAGGUGCCCUCUGAUUCCCAAGUGCGGCUGGAGGUGGAUGCUGAGGAGGGCUGUGCGCAAGGUGUCCCGAAGAAACGGGUUUGCUCUGGGGUGAAGAUGCCCUGUGUACGGUUCUCCAGAGGCAAGAAAAAACCCAGCCUCUCCGAAGCAGUGGAGGAGUCAGAGGGCAGCGUUCAAGCAAAUGAAGCAAUGGGUAUUGUGAAUAAAGCUAGUGAAGAGCUGGAAGAUUUGUCCCCGGUGGACAAGUCUGAAUCCUUAAGCCCGGUCUCUGCAGAGGAGGACCAGGAUACAGCAAAGGAAAGUGCCAGCUCUGUUGAUAAGAGUGAGCCCUUGACAGAGCCCACACCUGAUGCAGAGGAACAUACGGAGUGCACCAUCGAGUCAGAGAUAACUGAUUCAGAGACAGUUAAUGAAACACCCCAGGAAAAACUGCAGGAGGAGAGCCCACCUGAAACCACAGUCCAUGUGGAAGGUGGUGAGGUUGCUGCUGAAGUGCCCGUUCCCAAGGAUCAACCUGACAGCACCCCAGAAACCACUGAGCUGCAGGAAAUCCCUAAUAUCUGCAAAGAGCCGCCUGAAGGGAAUGAAUCAGAAAAGAGCAUAAAUCUUCCUGAGGAAUGCAAAGUUGAAGAGACCGUAACGGAAUUCAGUCAGUCAGCAUCUAAAGAUGAUGCAGCGAGCGUGGAGGACAGCUCCAGCCAUCAGGUGAUAUUAGGAGCAAACAUAGGCACUGCUGUUGGCAUCGUCAUCACUGUCACCGAAGCCGAGGACUCUGACAACACCGACUCUGACCAGGCCUAUGAGCCAUCCCCUGUUUUGCACCGAAAUAAGCAAAAAGGGAAUAAAAAAUCAAGCAGCAGCUUUGAUUCUGGUAAAAAAGAGGGUCCUGAGGCUGGUGGUGAUGCCCAAGCGGAUGAGAAAGCUCAAGGUGACCAGGAGCACAGAACUGGGGAGCAGUAUGAAUUGCUCCUCAUAGAAACCGCCUCUUCCCUUGUGAAGGCAGCCAUUCAGUCGUCCAUAGAGCAGCUGGUCAAUGAAAUGGCCCUGGAGCAGAAUAAACACAAUAGUUUUCUGUGA